UGCUUCAUCAAACCGCUGUUAGCUUUUUCCCGCUCUCUCUGUUCUCUCUUGCUUUUUUCUUCUUCAAUUAUUGAAGCCCUUGAAAUCUCCAGCGGUUCGCAAGGGCAUAAUUGGAGGUUUUCAAGGGCAUAAUUGGGAUUGAGAGGAAAAAGUAAACCCAAAAAUGCCGCCUUUUGCCCUUUCAGCUUCUUCUUCUUCUUCCCCAUGUGGGUUGCAGCAGAACAACAAAGCGGAAUCGAACAUAGUCACCGUUGAUGUAGGAGGCCAGCUUUUCCAGACAACCAAACAGACCUUAUCAAUUGCGGGUCCCAAUUCACUCUUCGCUAGGGUUUCCGAAAUUCCCAAUUCGACGACCCAGUUCACCGCUCCGUUUAUCGAUCGAGACCCUGAAUUGUUUUCCAUCCUCCUUUCGCUUCUCAGAACCGGUAAUCUUCCAUCUAAAGCAAAGGCUAUCGAUCUUCAAGAUUUGAUUUUUGAAUCCCAGUUUUACGGUAUCGAAUCGCUUCUUGUCAAUUCGCUAUCGAACCCGUCUCAGUUCGAAGCGUUCAACCUUGAGAAAUCCAAGAUUUUGUCCCUCAACGGCCGCGACUCGCCGUCGGCGAUCGCUACGACGCCGUUUGGUUCGGUACACGUCGUGCACGGUAGCAAAAUCACGUCGUUCGACUGGUCGCUGAGGAAGAAAUCUACGAUCUUGACCCAGUUCACGGCCGUCGAUUCGUUGCUGGCGAUCUCGCCGUCGGUGGCGGCUGCCGGUGCCACGGAUUUCUCGGGGCUCCAGAUUCUCGAUCUCGAAAGCGGGUUCGUGAGAGAGACUUUGAAUUGGGAGAACGUGACGAGGUCUAGCUCGACCGUGCAAGCAAUCGGGUCCUCGCCCGAGUGUCUCUUCGCUAGUUUCGAAUCGGGUCGUCGGAAUUCGAAUUCUAUAAUGGUCUACGAUUUGCAGACACUGUAUCCGAUCACGGAGAUCGGUCACUCCGAGAUUUACGGAGCAGAGCUCGAUUCCGCAAUCCCAGCGACGAAAUUGAAUUGGGUUUCCGGUAGCAAUUUGUUAAUGGCAUCCGGGUCUCACAGUGGUCCUUCAGGUGUAUUGGGCAACAUCAAGUUCUGGGAUAUCAGGUCCGGAAAUGUAGUUUGGGAGCUCAAGGAGAAAAUUGAUUGCUUUUCUGAUGUUACAGUUUCAGAUAGCUUGUCAACGAUAUUCAAGGUUGGUGUGAAUUCAGGAGAAGUUUUCUUUGCAGAUUUGAGAAAUAUAGGAUCUGAGAAUCCAUGGGUUUGUCUUGGUGAUGGAAGAAAAAUGGCUAGUGGGAAGAAGGAAGGCAUUGGGUGCAAGAUUGAAUGUCAUGGAAACCAAGUGUUUUGUAGUAAAGGAGGGAAUAUAGAGUUAUGGUCAGAGGUUCCCAUGCGAUCUAUAAAGAGUACUGGUGAUGGUUCUGAGGAAAGAAUAUUCAGGAAGAACAUAAUGGGGAAAGUGAAGGAUAUGGGUGGGUCAAGGAUUACCAACUUGGCUUUUGGAGGGAACAAGAUGUGUGUUACAAGGAAAGGACAGCAAAAUGUGGAAAUUUGGCAGAGUUCAAUUAGGGGAUUUUGAUCUCGAAAAAGGUUUUACUGAAUGGACUUUGGUUCAGAAAAGGGAAAUUGUAUUACAAAUUGUUGUUGUGUAUCCAUGGAAUUUUGUAAAUGAGUUGUCAAUUUAAUUCAAUCUGUAAAUUAUAUCGAUUGUAAUUUUUUAUACAAAGAUUUUUAUUCCAUGAGAUUGAGCUCAGUUCUACAA